AUGAGUGACAAAAACGAGAAGGAAGAACACUAUCGCGUGAACGACUGGGACGUGUAUGUCCGUCAGGGACCGAUCAUGAAGUCGAGGGACGUGGACAGAUUCCCCAAGGACUUUGGGUUUCCCGCACCAGAAAUGACGUUCAAAGACAAUGUGCUUGGACUGAGUUGGAAACAAGGAGCAUGGAGUAUUGAGUUUACGGCCCUCGACGCGCUCCGUCUUGUACAGCUUAAGGAACCUAGUGAGCUACGGCAGGUCUCGUUUGCACGGGAAUGGAAGCAAACGCGUGAACACAAGCAUGAAGACAUGAAGAUGCUGAAGCCAUACGAUUGGACGUACUACAGUGAGUACCAGGGAACCGUUCAGUCUGCAGAAGAAGACUUAAAACUGCUCAAUCCAUCUAUUCCAUCGUCGCCUGCCGACGAACCAGUGGCUAUCCCGAUUCAGGAGAUUCUCCAAGCAGGCGAAAACCUGUGGUACGGUGAAACACUUCUGUAUGAGGAUGAACUGGCUGACAAUGGAAAGUCGGUGUAUGACGUCCGUGUGCGUGUUGUCAAUGGUCAUUUGCUGCUUCUUGCACGUUGCAUGGUUCGACUCGAUAAUGUGGAGGUGCGAAUCAACGAAACACGUGUCUACGUUAAUCUCACUUCCAACGUCGUGAUUCGGGACUACCGCAAGAAGGAAGGAGCGUACAGCGAUGUCCUUUCACGAAUUCCUGCUGGCAUGGACAUCGGCAGCCAGCUUGAUGACGCUGUUUGGCUGAGCAGUGUGCUUCCCCAGGUGGUGCAUGAAGUUAGCCGAAUCGCAUAA